CGUCUCUUAAAAUUUAGGAGUCGACUUUCUGAAACUGGGAAAACUAGCAGAAAACAGCUAAAGCUUCCAUGGAGUGCGCCGGGAAGGGGAGCGGAACUCGGUGCUUAGGCCCGCCCAGAAAACGAUGCGGUCGCUGCGGAGCCGUUGCUUAUUGCUCUGCUUCUCAUCAGAUUUCGCACUGGAAGGAACAUAGAGAAGAGUGCGAUAGGCUGGAGCAGCAAAUGAAACGCUUAGAUUUGUUGAAUGAUUUUCCUUUCACGUUUUCUCAAGAAGCUACAGUUCAGAUUAAUGAAAAGCAGGAGAGCAGGUGCUCCUUCUUGAGCAAGAGGGGCAUUCAUCAAGUGGGAAUGUGGAUUUGUGAAUGCUGUUGCGGGGCAUCCAUUACAUCCUUCAAUUAUUCCAGGCCUGAAAAUAAUACCUGGAAUUUCUCAAGUAUCCUGUGCCCAUGUCGUGGGCCGUCAUCUCCAAUAGCAAAAUCUUUGUCCAGUUGGAAGGAUUACUACGAAUGGAGGUGCAUACCGCUAUGUUCACCUGUUGCUUUGCUUCUUCACUGGCCCCUUACACUGUAUCAUGCCAUACAAAUUUCUGGAUUAGGAAGCUUGACCUUUGAAGUUAGUAAACUGUGCAUACACUAUCUCGGGCCUGAGAAAGAGCUCCUUCAACUUGCUGUCUUUGGAGAGUUGCGUGCACUCUUUCCUGGGGUUCAUGUCCAUAUUGAGCUUAUUGGACCUGCAGUACCACAGCAUAGGGAUGGUGAUAAGGUUGAUCUAUACAGCUAUGCUCAUUGCAUUGAGGAAGAUUGCACCUGCAAAUCUGAAAAUGAGAGCACCAGCUGUGGUAUAGGUACUCGUAUAUCUUCUGCUGUCACACUGCAGCUCCAUAGAGGAUUCUAUCAUGAUCGUUUCAGAGAUAUAUCUAAGAAUUCCUUUCCCCAUCUAGUUAUUGCUCCGAAUGCUGGCAUUGCAGCUUAUUCAAGUUGGUUACCAACUAUAGAGCUAAUGAAGGAGAUAAAUGUCCCUGUGGUAUUUUCUGAUUAUUGUGAAGAAGCUUGUCAUCUUGCAGCUUGCUGCAUAAACGCUGUGACAAGCCAACCUCUCAGACUUCCUAUUCAGUUAAAUCCAUUUAGGCAGCCAAUGGUGGUGGAAGACAGCGCCUUGAUUCUUCCUUGCUAUUCAAACUGCUUCCUUUUUGCUAUGUGAAGAGAUUUGCUCUUAUUAUACAUUUAUUCAAUAGAUUUCAUUUUCUUAAGGCAAAUAUUUGCUGGUAUUCAAUAGAUUUCAUUUUCUUAAGGCAAAUAUUUGCUGGUCUUACGUCAAAGGAGAAUGUAACCAAGGUACUCUUCCCCAUCUAGUUUCAAACAAAUUGUGGAGCUGUAUUUGUUUAAUUUGAUUAUUUGUAUUGAUGCUUUCAGUUAAAUCCAUUUAGGCAGCAAUGGUGGUGGAAGCAGCACCUUGAUUGUUCCUUGCUAUUCAAACUGCUUCCUAUUUGCUGUAGGAAAUGAUCUGCUCUCAUUGUACAUUUGUUCAAUCGAAUAUUUGCAGGUCUUACAAUAAAGGAGAAUGUAACCAAGGUGUAAUAAUGCCUGAUCAUGUGCCAGUUCUAGUGUGCAAAUUAUGAUGAAGAGACUAGAGGUAAUCCUUAAUAUUAAUAUGAUUUUGCUAACGUUUAAAAAUGUAUGUAUUAUACAACAAAGGACACUGCCUGUUGCACUAAGUUAAGUCCAUAUGUUUUUCUUUUGCUGCAUGAACAAGUCCCCACUAGUUCAUCAAAUCAAUCUCAACUUGCUGCCAUGUGUUGCCUA